GUAGAGAAGCCUUGGAAGAGAAAAAACGCCAUAGAAUAAAACAAGAGUGAGAAAGUUGAGAGGGCAGCACCGCGCGUGUAGACGAGGCGCACAUUUUGCAGGCAGGCAGGCAUCGGUGACACCCAUUCGCUCGCGACUCCAAAACCUUCUUGUGUUGUGGUGAACACCUACGUCAAGUUUCUACAAUGAAUCGCUACGUGAUUGCACUGGUUGGCGCGGCUCUGCUGGUAACAGCAGCCUCGGCUGCACCUGCCAAGGAAGCGGCGCCAGAGGGAGACAGGCCACCGGUUUCCGCCGGUGGACUCCUGGAUGCCUUCAGAUCAGUCGGAAGCGAGUUCCAGCGCGUUGCUGAUGGUUUCCCGCUGAGCUUCAACAACGCGGCCUCACGCUUGCAGACGUUUGCCGAAGGGUCUGGCGACAACGUGGGCAAGUCUGCCAACGACGCCUUCCAGUUCACGAGGCAACUGUUCAAGCCUCUGCGUAACGAGGACGUGCAGCCGCCCUCCACGUAGAUAACGACUUCGCGCACUCCAUUUGUCCGCGGGGCAAAUGUUUAUCUAAACAUGCUCGAUCUAUAGGUGUUACUCCGCACUGCGGCUGCCGGUCGCUCUAUAUGUCUUACAAAAGAAACUCAUUACAUGACUUACAUGAAGUUCCGUUGAUUAAGUCUAAGGUUCUAGACUGGAAUCAUUUGCUCACCAGCGAGGAAUUGUUGAAGAGAGAUGAUUUACAUGUAAUAAACAGUUCCAUUUGGUGAUGGC